CACAAGUAGGCUGAUGGAUCCCCCCCUCCAUUCCUCAUUCCCACCCUCCACCCGUCUUGUGCUGUACACACAGACGUUGAAUAAUCCCCCGCCCAAAGGAAGCAAGCCCUCGAGGACCUCAUCGGCACCCAGCUUCCUUCCUCCCCAUCUGGGCGACCUUGUUUGCUUGUGGGGCCAACUCAUUCCUCGCAAACCUUUCCUCGUGCCAUAUCUCCAUUUUUCUUCUUCUAUUGCCUUUUUUUCUCUUCGCCCCUUCCCGUACUCGGUGCUUGUCCCCGUCGGCGAGCUACCGUGUGAUCUCGAGCCGCAAAUCUUACCUUGUCGUCGAUCUCCGAGGUGCCCCAGCAAGCACCAAAUUCAUCUCAACUCGGUGCUUGCCGCCCCUGCAUUCGUCCCUUUCAUCCAGAACCUUGGGGCAUACAGAGUUGCCUUGCCAAUAUAAACUCCCGGCCAAACCCAUCUCGCCUUCUGCCACAGUAACUAACUGCAUGUGACCACCGAAGCUGAGCUGCAAGCUGCCAGUGUUUCCGAGACCUCCAACUAUUUCAUACUAGACCACCCGAACCCCUUAUUUUCCAUUAACUGCCCGCCUCAACCCCCCCAACCGUAUGCCCUGUCGCCUCUCUUCGACUCGACUUCACUCCUCUUUUUGGACAUCUCCUUUGAGGUCAGCCGGUCACUGCAGGAGCCUACGAAAAGUGUGCAUCUCUUUGUCUUCUCCCCUUCGUGAGAUCACUUUGCUCGGCCACCACCUUUUUUAAUCCGUCCUGCAAACGACAAAGAGCCCGAGCCCCAGUCCGAGCCUGCGCAAGCCUGCGCAAGCCUGACCUGGCCCCAAGCCUGAGCUUGACCCUGACCUGACUGAGCCUCAGGCCCAAGCAGCCCCACCAGCAUCGUAAUAUCUAUUCGAGAAGGGGACAGCACCUCUCCCCAUCCCGCCCAUCCCGUUUUAGCAUAGCCGCGCGGUUUUGGGACAAACUGUCAGGUCGAAAAAUCUACGAAACGCUACUGUGCUUGUCACGGGCCACUCGUUGUCCCCGACACGUCCCGUCCGAUUCCUCGAACAGCCUUCCAGUCCUGUUUCAGGUCCCCAUGCGACACGGCCCUGUCCAUUCGCAGCAGACCGGCAGGCCAGGCUUUCACUUUUAAUACAAACACCUACCCAUCUUUCAACCUCCCGGUCUCCGCCCCAGCCCAUCGAGCUCCUGUCUCGGCUACCAACCAUCAACUCGACUGAGCCCUUGUGUCGUUGUGUUGAUUGGUCCGCUCACAAUGUCCAACAUCAUGAGCAACCGCAACAGCACCCCCGAGGCCGGCAACGCCUCCUCCCUCCGGCCGCCCUCCUCCAGGGCGAUCGGCGCUGGCCACCAGCUUCGUGCUUCUGCCGACAUAGCCUCCCUCACCGGCACGCCGCAGUCCAAGCCCAUCCGCCCCAGCUCUGACUUCUACGGCCAGCCCCAGCACACCCAGGCCCAGGGCGAGCUCGACCCCCAGGACAAGGUCGCUCAGCAGUGGAUCGCCGAUAUCGACCAGUAUGAGACCACCUUGGAGGAGAUGGCAGCCGCAACCCUGGAUCAGGACUUUAAGGACGAGCUGAGCGCUAUUGAACAGUGGUUCCGGGUUCUGAGCGAGGCCGAGCGGACUGCCGCCCUCUACGCCCUGCUGCAGCAAACCACCCAGGUGCAGAUUCGCUUCUUCAUCCAGGUCCUGCAGCAGAUGGGCAAGAGCCACCCCAUGUCAGGUGUCCUGUCACCAGCCAACUUCGACAAAGACCCCAUGUCGAGCCGCCUCAGCGACGCUAUGGGCAAGCUGAGCGUCGAUUCUGCCAGGAACUCCCUCGCCCGUGCGCCCUCCACCAACAAGCGCCAGUCCGGCCUCGAUUCAAGCACCAUCAAUGCGAUGUUCCCUGAUGCCGCCGCUGCUAUUGCCACCGAGAAGGCCAAGUACACGCAAUCCACGGGCACAGCCCCUCCCUCGAAUCGAAACAGCACUGUCGACAACCGAUCCUCCCUCGUCGCGCCUACGAUCUCAGGCCCCGAUGACUCCAACGGCCAGAGCCCAUCUCCGUGGGGCCAGGACCAGCGGCCCAAGUCAUCCACCGGGCAGACGCCCAUGGGCCAGUUCGUACAGCCUCCUCCGUCUGCAGGGCUUCGCUCUCCCCGCCCACCACAGAUCUCGGGCAACCAGCAGAUCAAGAGCCAAACGAUCACCACGGGUGGCGACAAACAGGCUGGCGAUCUGCCCCUGCUCUCACCGUAUGGCCCUAGUGGUGGGAACUGGGCCUCUAUGGUGAACACCCCCAUGGUUGCCAACUUCAAUCCCCAGCAGCAGGGCAACAACCAGGCAGACAUGGUUGCGAAUGCUACGGCGAUGAAGCUCGCCGCGCUUUCCACGGUCAACAACCGCUUUGCACUCGACGACGUGCGCAAGUACCGUCGUGCUCGAUCCAACGAUGCGCCGGGCGCCCCGCUCUCACCUAUGCCCCCGGGAAUGGUGCCUGGACAGUUGAACAUUGUUAUGAGCAAUGAGCGCGGACAAGUCCUGACGCCUGAGCAGAUGAUGGCCAUCCAGCAGCACCAGCAGCAGCUCGCUGGCGGCGACAGGUCGCGACCCAACUCACCCGGCAUCGCGAUGCAGGGCGGCUUCCAGCCGAUGGGAAACUUUGCCUCCCCGCAAGCCAAUGGUUUCUUGAACCCGUACAGCAGUGCUUCGCCCCUGCUCAACAACGGCAUGGGUUCCUUGAACCUCGGUGGAAUGGGGAUGGGGAUGGGGAUGGGGAUGGGAGGACACCACGAGGGUUAUCUCUCAGACCAUUCUGACAUGAACCGGGGCCGCUCACCGCGUGGUCGUAGGGGAACCAGCAAGCCCCCGGAGGACCCGACCGAUCCCACCCUCUUGCAGGACAUCCCAGCCUGGCUGCGCAGUCUGCGUCUGCACAAGUACACCGAUAAUCUCAAGGACUUGAAAUGGACCGAGCUGGUGGAGCUGGAUGACGCACAGCUCGAGGCCCGUGGUGUUAAUGCCCUCGGUGCCAGGAGGAAGAUGCUCAAGGUGUUUGAACAAGUCAAGGAAGCCAAAGUCACGGGCAAGCUCCCAUAAAGAACUUACUUAAUACCUGUCUCGACUGGUCGAAACGCUGAACUAUGCAUUUCAUCUCGACGUGAGUUGACCUCACUUUUUGCGGACAGAGAUACGUACAUUAUUUUCCUCGCCGCAGAGGUCUCUAUGAUGGCAAAAAAGUCGGGGGCAGCAUCCUUCAUCAGUAUGAUUUUGGCUCGGCCGACAUCUGGAUACGCAGUCUGGUAUAUUCAUGAAGACGUCCCGGUAGAUGCACCACACAAACACACGCAAUUCGAAACACAACAAAGCAAUUUUGGCUCCUGGGGAGGGAAUUGUAGGAUGGAGGAUCCUCGGAACAUGAAGAACUGAGAAACGAGAAUCUCUGGAAAGACAGAAAGCCAGGUAGCUCGGUAGCUCGUACAGAGGAGCAGAUUUUGAGAAGGCGCCGUUACUUUCUCAGUGGUGAAGAGGGUACGCCUCCGUAGUCUAGUUGAGGAGAAAUCGCAAGACAAUACGAUUUUUUAGAGC